AUGGAGCUUGAGAAGUGGAUUGAACUUAUAAAAACAGGAAACCCCUUACCAGAGAGCUGUCUUAUGAUGCUUCUUGACAAGCUUUCUGAAGUGUUAUAUCAAGAGCCAACAUUAAUUCCUAUGCAAUUACCAAUUACAAUUUGUGGCGACGUCCAUGGACAGCUCUUCGAUGUUUUCGAACUAUUCCGCGUUGGAGGACCUGUUAAGGAAAAUAACUACCUGUUUUUGGGUGAUUAUGUCGAUAGAGGUUACUUUUCUAUUGAAACUUUUUCAUACCUUGCAUGUUUGAAGCUAUUAUAUCCAGGACAUGUUACAUUACUUCGUGGCAACCACGAAGCUCGUCAAGUUAAUGGAACAUACGGUUUAUAUGACGAAUGCAUUAGUAAAUACGGACAUGGAGGCAUUUUCCGUGCAUUAAACGAAGUAUUCGAUCUUCUUCCAAUCGCUGCUAUCGUCAAUGACUCUAUUUUAUGCGUUCAUGGUGGUCUUUCUCCAAGUAUCAAAUUUGUCGAGCAAAUUCCAAUUUACAAUCGUAACCAAGAGCUCCCAACAAAAGGACCUCUUUGUGACCUUUGCUGGUCAGAUCCUAUCGAUGGAUGCGACGAUUGGAAACAGAAUGAGCGCGGUGCUGGUUAUAUCUUCGGCCAACAGCAAACAAACGAGUUUAUGCAUAAUAACAAACUCACUUUGAUUGCUCGCGCCCAUCAAAUUGCAAAUGAAGGAUAUCAAUAUUUCUUUGGCGAAGAAAAUAUCGUCACGGUUUGGUCGGCACCUAACUAUACAUAUAGAUUAAAGAACAAAGCUUCAGUUUUGAAGAUAGGAACAGAUAUGAAGCGAAAUUUCUUAAUUUUCGACGCUGUUCCUGAUGAUCAGAGAGUCAUUCCUGAAGAACUUCAGUCUGCGUACUUCGCAUGA